AUGGCACAUUUCAUUCUUGUAGAAAGUCAGAAUCGUGCUAUAGAAGCUACAAUUGAUCAUGAUACACAUACAAAGGUAUCAAAAAAGAUGCUAGAAAAGUUUACAGAGGCCGAAAAUGAGGUGGGAGAUAGUGGAGAAGAAAUUAAACCCUCCAAAAAUUUUGAUAUGGACAAAUUUGACAGGGGAAGGAAGUUCAUGCAGAUUCAUAUUCCAACAAUUUCCCUCGGAAUGUUCACUUCUUUGGUUUGUGGACUUAGUGUUCGAAAUCUACUAGAACCUUUGAUAUAUACUGGCAACUCAGACACACCCCAGAAAGCUUUUAGACGAUAUGAAAGUACUUUUGUUCAAGUUUGUCGAUGGUGUUUUGGAAAUAUUUGGGAUCCUGAUGACCUUGGGUAUAAGUCAAUAAAACUCGUUCGAAAUAUGCACAACAGUGUUAGAAAAUCAAUGAUGGAACAUGAAGCGAAAAAUGAAAAUUUGAGUUAUAUUCAAACAGAAACUAAAUCGAAAGUAACAAUGCGUAUAUCACAAUAUGAGAUGUCUUUAGUUCAAGCUGGUUUUUUUGGGCCAGUCAUUCUGAAUCCACUCAAAUUUGGCAUUAAAUGUUCCGAGACAGAGAUGGAUGAUUUUGUGUAUUUUUGGUAUGGAGUUGGAUAUGCUCUGGGUAUAAAGGACCAGAAUAAUAUCUGUUUAAAUGGAUAUAAGGAAGCUCGACAAAUCUGUCUUGAAAUCUCUGAUGAAAUUGUAAUACCUGCUUUAAAAAAUCGGCCGAAAGAUUUUGAGAAAAUGGCUAAAGUAUUAACAGAGGGUUCGAACAUACCUUUUGGUUUUCCUUUUAAUAAUUUUUUCAGUGUUGAGUCUAUUGUGGCUAUUGGAUUUUAUGGAAUUGGUGAGAAGUUGCCAUGGUUAUCUAUUGGAGAUUACGUGAGAUUUUAUAUUCUACGCUUUGUAAUCUGGAUGAUUUUUUUGUUUCCUAUAUAUGAGCGUUUCCUAAGUAAAAUGAUAAGAAAAAUAUACUGGGAAAGUCCAACAAUAAAUAGAAAAUAUAAAUUAUGA